AUGAUCCAGCUGCUGGUGGCUUCCUCGGACCCGGACCCAUUGGAUCGCGUCAAGACUUCGCCCUCUGAGCAUGUUGGGGUCUGUGCGGGCUCAUCCUACCUGUCGCUCCAAGCUCCCGUCAGCAUCUCACAGAGUGCGGAUAGUGGAGAGGGCGACGAGGACUGCAGUGCGGACUGUGGAGAGGGCGACGAGGACUGCAGUGCGGAUAGUGGAGAGGGCGACGAGGACUGCAGUGCGGAUAGUGAAGAGAGCGACGAGGACUGCAGUGCGGACAGUGGAGAGGGCGACGAGGAAUGCAGUGCGGAUAGUGGAGAGGGCGACGAGGACUGCAGUGCGGAUAGUGGAGAGGGCGACGAGGACUGCAGUGCGGAUAGUGGAGAGGGCGACGAGGACUGCAGUGCGGAUAGUGAAGAGAGCGACGAGGACUGCAGUGCGGACAGUGGAGAGGGCGACGAGGAAUGCAGUGCGGAUAGUGGAGAGGGCGACGAGGACUGCAGUGCGGAUAGUGAAGAGAGCGACGAGGACUACAGUGCGGAUAGUGGAGAGGGCGACGAGGACUGCAGUGCGGACAGUGGAGAGGGCGACGAGGACUGCAGUGCGGAUAGUGAAGAGAGCGACGAGGACUGCAGUGCGGACAGUGGAGAGGGCGACGAGGAAUGCAGUGCGGAUAGUGGAGAGGGCGACGAGGACUGCAGUGCGGAUAGUGAAGAGAGCGACGAGGACUACAGUGCGGAUAGUGGAGAGGGCGACGAGGACUGCAGUGCGGACAGUGGAGAGGGCGACGAGGACUGCAGUGCGGAUAGUGGAGAGGGCGACGAGGACUGCAGUGCGGAUAGUGGAGAGGGCGACGAGGACUGCAGUGCGGAUAGUGAAGAGAGCGACGAGGACUGCAGUGCGGAUAGUGGAGAGGGCGACGAGGACUGCAGUGCGGAUAGUGGAGAGGGCGACGAGGACUGCAGUGCGGAUAGUGAAGAGAGCGACGAGGACUGCAGUGCGGACAGUGGAGAGGGCGACGAGGAAUGCAGUGCGGAUAGUGGAGAGGGCGACGAGGACUGCAGUGCGGAUAGUGAAGAGAGCGACGAGGACUACAGUGCGGAUAGUGGAGAGGGCGACGAGGACUGCAGUGCGGACAGUGGAGAGGGCGACGAGGACUGCAGUGCGGAUAGUGGAGAGGGCGACGAGGACUGCAGUGCGGAUAGUGGAGAGGGCGACGAGGACUGCAGUGCGGAUAGUGAAGAGAGCGACGAGGACUGCAGUGCGGAUAGUGGAGAGGGCGACGAGGACUGCAGUGCGGAUAGUGGAGAGGGCGACGAGGACUGCAGUGCGGAUAGUGAAGAGAGCGACGAGGAAUGGAGUGCGGAUAGUGAGGAGUGCAGUAGAGUCAAUGCCUGGGCGAAAGAAUGUGAGGGUCGAGCGGUUGCCCAUGCAACAUGCUACCACUCUCCAAGCAGCUGGUGGAUCCAAAGGAACGGCAUAGACCGAUACGAACUGAGGUCGCAGAUGUCGCCAGAAUGA